AUGGCGCAGCUGGCGAUCCUGUUGGCGCUCGCCCUCUCCCUCCUCUAUACCUCCGCCCGCGCCGCCGUUGUCGAGCACACAUUCCGGGUAAUGCACGACUCGCCCCUCCUUUGUCCGGCUGCUCCACCAUAAAUUGCUCAUCUCCAAGCGAUCGGAACUGGUCCUCCGUCCAUUAAUGGAGGGAUACAACUCCCGGGAGAUUCACCUUUGCGUCUGGUAACCCUUUUCUACUUCUGAGUUCAGGUCGGGAACCUCACUGUCCGACAGCUAUGCGAGGAAAGAGUGGUGGUCGCCGUGAAUGGGAGACUCCCGGGCCCGACGAUACAGGCAUACGAAGGCGACACCCUCAUUGUUCACGUCCUCAACGAGUCACCUUACAACCUGACGAUGCACUGGUAAGAGCCGCCCUAGAAGAGGAGAGACCGAGAGGAGAUUGAUCGUUUCCUCUCUUCGCAGGCAUGGAGUGUUCCAGCGGCGGAGCGCGUGGGCGGACGGGCCGGCCUACGUGACGCAGUGCCCCAUCCAGCCGGGGCAAAGCUACACCUACAAGUUCGAUGUCGUCGGGCAGGAGGGCACGCUGUGGUGGCACGCCCACGCCUCGUGGCUGCGCGCCACAGUCUACGGUGCCCUCAUCGUCCUGCCUCGCCCCGGCAGCCAACCAUACCCGUUCCCUCAGCCUUACGCAGAAGUACCAAUUCUACUGGGUAUGGCCUCCGAGCUCGUUGCCCUCAUAAUGGCCAACAGUUGAACUCAUAGCUUCCACCGUUUACCGCGCUGUAACUAUGCUCCAGGCGAAUGGUGGAAUGCCGACGUGGUGGCAGUGGAGACGACGGGCCAGGUGACUGGAGGCCUGCCCAACGUCUCCGACGCGUUCAUGGUCAACGGGAAGCCCGGCGAUCGGUACCCUUGUUCCAGUCAGGGUAAGCCACUGACCCUCUGAUCCAUUUUUCACCUCACGUUGGCUGAGGCGGUGGAUAAAUCUCACCACGUGCCAGCGCCUUCAAAUCUGCAGACAUGUACACACUGACGGUGGUGCCCGGGAAGGCAUUCUUGCUCCGGAUCAUCAAUGCUGCUCUGAAUAACCAGCUCUUCUUCAAGAUCGCCGGCCACAGCCUCACGGUGGUCGCCGUCGACGCCAAUUACGUCAACCCUUACCGCGCCGACGUCGUGGUGAUUGCCUCGGGUCAGACCGUCGACGCCCUCCUCGUGGCCGACGCGGCGCCGGGGAGCUACUACAUGGCGGCGCUUCCGUACGUCAGCACUGAAGGAGUGGAGUUCGACGCCACAAUCGCCACGGGAGUCGUCAAGUACGAGUCAACGCUGCCGUCUCUGAAACCGGUGAUGCCGGCCCUUCCGUUCUUCAAUGAGACCGCCACCGCUUACCGCUUCUACAGCAGCCUGACGGGGCUGCGGCGGCGGGGUUCUCCGGCGGUCCCGUUGACCGUCGACGAAAAGAUGUUCAUAGCCUUCGGGCUAGGCCUCAUCCAGUGCCCGGACGCCGCCCCCUGCAACGGCGCGCUCGGUGAGAGACUUGCCGGCAGCAUGAACAACAUCUCCUUCCAGCUGCCUUCGGAGAUGUCGCUGCUGGAGGCGAGCUACCACGGCGUGAAGGGCGUCUACACCCCGGACUUCCCCAACCGUCCGCCCAGGGAGUUCGACUAUGCAAACCCCGACUUCACCUACGACUUCGGCCUCGUGCAGACGGCGUGGGGAACGAGGGUGAAGAGGGUGAAGUACAACGCGACGGUGGAGGUCGUCCUGCAGAAGACCUCGCUGCUGGCGCUGCAGAGCCACCCCAUUCACCUCCACGGCUUCGACUUCUUCGUGUUGGCCCAGGGAUUCGGCACGUACAACGCCACCGCGGCGGAGAAGAAGUUCAAUCUGGUGAACCCUCAGGUGAGGAACACCAUCUCGGUACCCACCGGCGGCUGGGCCGUCAUCCGAUUCGUCGCCGACAACCCCGGUGAGACACAAGACCUUGUGAAAACAUUUUAAUGACAGGAACUGAACUGCGAGUAUUUAUCUUAUUUCUUCUGAUCUGCUGACGCUGGAACUGGGCAGGGAUCUGGCUGAUGCACUGCCAUCUGGACAUCCACUCCUCUUGGGGGAUGGCGAUGGCGUUCGAAGUGGAGGACGGCCCGACGCCUUCUGCUCGGCUCCACCCCCCACCUCCCGACCUCCCCCGCUGCUGA